AUGUCCACUAUACCUCAUCUUGUGGAGCGUCUUGAGCAACUAGACAAAUCUGCAACAUCGCCAGACACACAAUUAGAUAACGUCCUUGAAUGCCUCUCAUUGCCUAUAGAAUGGUUAAACGAAGCACCUACACUUGUCAAUCAGUCAGCAUGGAAGCAGCACGUAUGGCAUGUUUUCAAAGAAAUAGUCCCUCAGUGGACAUUUGCAUUGAACAGCUCAACACACAGGCAUUUGAUACAGGGUACAUUGUACCUAACAUCACUCAGUGACAGUAUCCAGGUCGCCAUGGCACGCAUUAGUUUGCCUAUACUGCUCGAGUGCCUGGCAAUCACACAUCAACAAGAUGCCACUCUAGAUACAUUGGAGAUGUAUUCCAACUCACUUAGAUUUCUGAUGAAAUUGACGCAACUGUAUGGACAGUACAUCUCUCGCAACGAUGUGCGGUUCUUUUGUUCUUUGAUCUGCUCCAUACCAGGACAUCUGGUCAAUGCAUUCGGCAUACAAAGCAUACACUACAACAGGGAUGUGGAGUGGUAUACAGACAGAAAGUUUUAUGCAAACUUGAGUCGACAAUGCGCAGACCAUAUGACAGAGACAUCAUUGGUUUUUACUCAAGAAUUGUUGGGUAAGAUUGUCAGACAAGGCUAUGAAGGCAUCGUCAUUGAAUCCAUCUACUCGUCAUCUACGAGAAGCAGCCCCCGCUGGGCAGAUGUAUUUGAACAAAUAGAGAUCAUCGCUUCUCCUGAUCAAGUCAUUCGGCCCGUGUUAGCGUAUGCCAAGCAGACCCUUCUACCCAAAUUCAACAACGCCAUCUCGUCCGUCGCUAAAAACGUUUCGCAUCUGCUUUUUGGAAAUCCAUGCAACAAUGAUAGACAACUCCAACGAAAGGAACGUAUUCAGGGGUUUUUAAACAUGGCUAUAUUCAGACUCGUUCAAUCCAGCUGGGCGGACGACAAGCUAGCUAGAUUAGUGGUGACAGUUGCCAUCUUGGCAGAGGGAGGUUAUGGUGAGGAUACAGUGACAGAUUCCGCUCGAUUGAUGAUAGUGAAUUAUGCGAAACGUGCCAUUCAAACUUGGUCAGAUCCUGUGUUUCUCAAACAUGGAAGCAGUCGGGAAAAAUACUAUAUGACGGCUGUUAUUUUGUCGUUGAUUUCCUACUUGGAUGUCCCAACUGUACAAGUUACAAUCAUGACGGAGACCCACUUGUUGAACAGUGUAUCUCAGUAUUUUGCCAGUGGAGACGCUGCAACAGCACGAAUUGGAGCAGUAAUGGCUGAAGCAGUAUCGUACAAAAUUGACAAGGAAAAACCUUUACACACAACAUUACUAGACGGACAAGAUAGACUUGUUGAAUUAAAGGGCCUUGUAUUGUUAAGAGAUGCACUCGAUAAGGAUGCAGUGGCGGAUCUAUCAACGGAGGCAGAAAAGGAUGCACCCGAAAAAGAGGAUCUUGAUAGAGACGAUUUUGCAGAUGGAGAUGAGGAUGAGGAUGAAUUAGAUCCGGACGCAGCAUUUGAUAUAGGCAAGCUUGCAAUGAUCAGGUUCAGAUUGAUUUGCUCAUGUUUUGAUGUAGAUUCUCAACAGAGUGACUCGGACAAGGACGAUGAUGAUGAGGAAGAAUUUCAAGCGUACCUCAUGGAAGACGAAUCAGAAGAUGAAGGGCUCAAGAAGGAGGGAUCUUCAAAGAAGCAGCACAAGAAACCAGUGUUUAUUCGAGAUCUCAUUCGAUGCUUGCAAGACAAGAAUGAUCCUUUGAAACUAGAGAUUGGUUUAAAUGCAGCGGAAGAUGUUAUCCGCCGAAAAACUGGGGCUGGAACAGAGCUAAGCGAAUCAUCGAUAGUAUUGGCAAAGUAUAUCAUCUCGUUCCCAGAAACAUAUGAAAUUGAAAAUUACCAGACGCUGCAAAGAAACGCACUAGUGGCACUAAUGACAGCUGUACCAGAAACUGUCUGUGGGUUUAUCAUUGAUGAAAUGUAUAACCGAGAUACAUCGGAUGGACAAAAGCAGUUGAUAUUGGGGUCGAUUUCGUUAGCAGUGAGAGAAUUGGCUGGCUGGUCAACCGCGACGGCAGCAGAUCCAAUAGUAGCAACAGCAGAUCCAGCAAUAGCAAAUCGCACCAAUACAUCCAAGCAACUUGGAACACCCAUCUUUGUAUCCAAGAAAAUGACAUUGCAGGAACCCAAGCGAUACAAGAAUCGAUUGUCAGGAUUAGCAGGUUCAGUUUUCUUUUUCCCAUUGUUAGUUGGCUGGUGGGAAGGCACACAAGGCCUCAUAAAGUAUUGGAUUGGAAACAAUGCGCUUUUGACGGAAAGAUUCAUCAUGACACUGAACAUCAUUCUCCAUAGUGCCACAAAUACGCCUGACAAGAGAAAGAUCGUCAAAGAGUAUUUCCAAUUCGUAUCUUCCAUGAAAUAUGCAUCCAUUUCCACGCACACUGUCAGCAUCAAGAGGGCCAUGUUGUUGGGCAUUGAUACCAUCAUCAGCGUAUGCUAUUCAGGGCAGGAAGUGUUGCUGUAUCAAGACUAUCAAAAUGAACUCUACGACACCAAGCAGUGGCUGGAGGAUGUGCUGGAGCAGGCAGAUGAACCUGAAUUGCAUGAUUUGACCGUUGGCAUUGUAGUUAAAUUGUCUCAAAUUGCAUUGACAGCAACAAAUGCACUGGUGACACAGAAUUAG